CCUCGUCUGGCCGUGAGGACGCACUGCUGUCGCCGUGCUGUGACUCCAAGCUUGCUAACAUGACAGAGGUGGAGGUUGAGAAGUGGAUAAACAACAGGACAAUCAGACACCAAGCUUUAUGUGUAUAGUAAAACCAUUUUCUGACGUGGAAGGGUAUUGGCUUCCUACGGGUGUUCAGAGUCUCUGAGCCCCUCAGAGUGAGCAUUACUGCUUCACUCCAUCAUCACACAGCACCACUGAAGCAACGUGAGGUCAGUGACCGUGUGAGAAAACUUGCUGACUGCUGCAGUGGCAGGGCAGGAGUGCGCAGCUCAGGAAGAUGGCAUCACCCUUUGUGCCUGUCCCUGUGCCCAUGGACAGAUCCUCGCCAGGUGGUAGCAAGCUGAGACGGCCACAGCGAGCCUCAUCGCUAGGCAGCGUCUCCAGCAGCUCCGAGGACCACGGCAGAGGAUGUGGAGGAUUGGGUUCCCAGCGUCAGUCCCGCGGUUUGGACAGAAGCAGCCGCAGCCGGACACCACCGCCCCUCCAGAGCCCUGUGACACGGGCCAGGGUCAACGGAACUCUGGAGCCCUCUGUGGAGUACUCCAGCUGCCCCCGCUCCAUCUCGGAUCCUGCUGGGACCCAGCAAGCUGAGGAGAGGCCCAUCACCCCCACUGUGCUGGGGUACGAAGUCAUGGAGGAGAGGGCCAAAUUCACGGUUUAUAAGGUCCUGGUCAGGAAGACUGCAGAUGAGAGCUGGGUUGUUUUUAGGAGGUACACAGACUUCUCCCGCCUUAACGACAAGCUGAAGGAGAUGUUUCCAGGCUUCCGCCUCUCACUGCCUCCUAAGCGAUGGUUCAAAGACAACUAUGACAGUGACUUCCUGGAAGACAGACAGUUAGGACUACAGGCCUUCUUGCAAAACUUGGUUGCACAUAAGGACAUUGCCAACUGCCUUCCAGUAAGAGAGUUUUUAUGUCUUGAUGAUCCACCUGGGCCCUUUGAUAGUUUGGAGGAGAGCAGGGCAUUCUGUGAGACUCUGGAGGAGAGCAACUAUCGUCUGCAGAAGGAGCUGCUGGAGAAGCAGAGGGAAAUCGCCUCCUUGAAGAGGAGGCUGGAGGAGAGGGAGCAGGCCAUCCUGCUGCUGGAGAAACAUAUCAAUGGUGAGUGUGUGAGCCCAGAGUCUCCAUGUGGUCUGUCAGCUCAGGGCAGUGAGAGCAGUGCAGAUGCAGAUGUAGAGUCGUCCGCUGCAGAGGCUGAUCAGGACAUGCCUGACGACGCUGGUGGCAGGUGUGAGGUCCAGCUGGUGCGAUCUUCUGCCUGUUGGUGCGGGCCGUCGCUCAGCACCUCUCCUCCGGUCAUCCAGGUCACCCAACUUUACCACCAGAAGCUGGAACAAUGACAACCAACUCUGGUUUCUUCCCCUUUUUCCCCAGUCUCCUCCUCGCGUCUUCUGCUUUUUCUGCCCUCUCUUUGACCUUACCACUCCCAC